AGGAUAGCAUUGUGUUUAAAAUGGAAGUUGACAUAAAUGGAGAGUCCAGAACUACCCUAUCCACUCUCCCUGUGCCUCUUGCAGAGGUGGGCCCUGCAGGAAGGAUGGAAGCAGAGAAGCCCCGCUGUUCCAGUACCCCCUGCUCACCAAUGCGACGAACGGUUGCAGGAUAUCAGAUCCUUCACAUGGAUUCUAACUACUUGGUUGGCUUCACAACUGGAGAGGAGCUGCUAAAACUAGCCCAGAAGUGUACAGGAAGUGAAGAGAAUAAAGGGGAAUCUGGGCCGAACUUGCGCUCCAAACAACUUGAUUCAGGACUUACACGUUCCUCCCGUUUGUGCAAAACUAGAAGUAGGUACUAUCAGCCAUAUGAGAUCCCAGCAGUAAAUGGAAGGAGGAGGAGACGGAUGCCCAGCUCAGGGGAUAAAUGCACUAAGGCUUUACCAUAUGAACCUUACAAGGCACUUCAUGGUCCCCUGCCCCUUUGCCUUUUGAAAGCGUGGAGAGGAAAGUGAGCUUGGCUAAAUUGAAUCGUGCUAUUUAAACAAUCCAGUUCAAAGAUUUUCCAACUGCACUUGCACUGGUGAUGAGGGUGAAAUUCACUCAAAACAAACCUUUGCUACUUGAAUGCUAUUAAAUUAUGUUUUAGUUUCUGCAUGGAAGUAAUUGGUUUGCCUCCUCUGUUCUAUCUUGUUCAGGAUCAGUAUUUGGGAUAUUAAAACCAAAUUUU